AUGGCUGAUCAAUAUCUGCAGAGGGAGGAAAGUGGGCGGAAACUGCAACAAUGGAUGGAAAAUCCUAACGAGCCAGGGUGCCCAUACCCCAGGUCCACAUUCGCCAUCACUCCAGAAUCUUCUGACUGGCUCAUAACUCACGAAUCAGAUGGACUAGAGAAAGUGUGGCAGGUAUGGACUGUACCCCUUGGCUUACCGACUACAAUUGAAAGGAGGGAGAUCACAAAUGAAGUAGGUCGGAAAUUAGAGUGGGAGGGACGUACGGCACUAGGGAUGAUUUUGAUUGACUGGAUCUGUAGAUCGAGCCAACGUAUCAGUCCAUUCAUCUCGGAAUUCACAAAAGCUGUAUACGAGAUGGACUUUCCCAUCGAUAGUCUACAAUACCUGUUUUUUGCUGACAUCAUGGAAAAUGGCACUUUGCCGUGUAUUAUGGAUAUUUACAAAUCUCGUGAAGGACUAGAGUUCCCUUCCAAUGAGCCGCAGAGCUGGAUGCCCUCGUCGCCGGAGUAUCAUGCCCUCCUGGGCACUAGGAUUGGAAAAAUUGCGUCAGCCGUUGUUUUGGGCGCUUGGGGCCAAGGUAAGAAGCGAAUCGGAAAGAUCUUUACUUUCCAUACUGGAGCUAAGAUUAGUCAGGUCAAUGUCCGGUUCGAUAUUGAGGAUAUCUGA